GCAUUGUCUGGGGUGAAUAAAGGGUGUUCAUUGGCCAGAGAAUGGCGUACACUUACAUCACCACGGCUGAUGGGUACUGUCUUGCUGAACCCAUGCAGUACUAUGGUAUUUUGCCAGAACAAGUCAAUCAGCAGCAGCACCACACUGACUUCCAAGAUGCACCCUACUGCCCUUAUACCACUGCCCAGUUUCCUCCGGCUUUGCAGUCCCCAUCUUCACAGAGCAAUUUCGACUCCUAUAGCUUGAGUCAGCAGUACAGUGAUAAUGGCCAGUGUGCAUUUGCUUCACAUGACUUACAUAAACCCACUUUUGUGGUCACCCAUGACAUGGAAGAUGGAUACUCCAGGAUGGAAAGGUUUACACCAACUUGUCCUUUGAGAAUUUUGAAAGGACAAGGAGAAGUCUGUGUGGUUUGUGGUGAUAAAGCAUCAGGAUAUCAUUAUAAUGCGCUUACUUGUGAAGGUUGUAAAGGUUUCUUUCGACGUAGCAUCACCAAGAAGGCAGCGUACACCUGCAAGCACGGCGGCCACUGUGAGAUGGACCCGUACAUGCGCAGAAAGUGUCAGGCGUGCAGGCUGAAGAAGUGCAAGGCGGUGGGCAUGUUGGCAGAAUGUUUGCUCACAGAAAUCCAAUGUAACUCAAAGAGACUUCGAAAGAAUGUUAAGCAGAAGAAUAGUUUUCAUUCUGACAUCAAAGUGGAAGAGAAAGGAGCAAACAAGAAACCUGUGUCAUCAACCAGAAAAACGGCAAGACGUUUCUCACACAAUUUCUUUUUUAUUCAGGACAGCAUGGAUUUAAGUCAAGAGGAACAUCAGCUUAUUAGUAACAUCGUAGCUGCUCAUCAAAACUAUAUAAUUCCUUUAGAGGAAACAAAAACAUUUAUGCAGGAAAAUGCUAAUCCUGAGCUGAGCUUUUUGCAACUCUCAGAGACAACAGUCCUACACAUGCAUGGGCUGGUGGAUUUUACCAAGGGACUUCCAGGAUUUAAGCAUUUGACCAUUGAUGAUCAGACUGCAUUACAGACAGGACGGGACAACCGGGACCAUCAGUGUAACGGAACUAAAGGUGGCAGUAGAGCCCUGGGCUUUGAGCCCAAGAAGAAGAAAUCAGGCCCCCAGACCCAGUCCUAG